AUGUCAUCUCGUCUUCGAAAGAAUAUUCCGACCAACACGUCCUCGGCGCUACUAAUGUCACGAGACGAUCAUCACGAUGGUCCAUUAUUGUCAGAAUCAGAGUUUCAUCAACGACCUUCAACGGAUGGUAAAAAUUUGGAAUCACAAGAACAUACUUUUCGGAAUUAUUCUCUCCGAAUCGUUAUUUUAAAACUCUUAAAUUUUUUCUUGGAUCGACACGAUACAUUUUCGAUACAACAUACGGCCGAAGUUUUAAUUUUUCGAUUUCAAUUCACCUAUGCACCUCAUGCAGGAUUGGUUCGAAAGAGUUCAACUGUUGAUGGCUCAGUCAUGGAGAAUACCAUUCCCAAAUUUCAUAAUAUUUUAUUAAUUGGAGAUCCACAAUUGACCGAUCGAUAUUCGUACAAGUUUUUGAAAAGCGAAUUUUCACUUGUCUCUCGAUUUAUAUUUUUCAUUUGUGACACAUUCAUGCGAAAGAAUUUUCAAUCCAUCCUUCGAAUGAAUCGAAACAAUAUUCAUACCAUCAUUUUUUUAGGAGAUUUAUUUGACAAUGGAAGAACGAUUGACGACGAGGAAUUUGAACGAGAAUUUGCAAGAUUUCAUUCCAUCUUUGAAACUCGAGAUUCUUCCAUUAAAACUCUCUAUCUCUCUGGAAAUCAUGAUAUAGGACUGGAACGAUGGCCUCUACAAGUUCUCGAACGAUUUGAAAAAUAUUUUCAUACACCUCUCAACUUUAAUUACACGAUUAAUAAUUAUUUUAAAAUUAUUGGAAUUAAUUCCAUGUAUUUGAAUCAGAAAGGAAAUCCAGUCGAAUUUAUUUCUAAAAACGUUGACAAUGAAUUUGGAAGAAAUAUUCUCCUGACACACAUUCCCUUAUUCCGCGAAGGAAAUUGUGAACAUGUGGACUACAAUCAACGUCUUCAUGAAAAUGCAAGAACAAGACCACUCCAACAAGGAGAAGGCUAUGGAUAUAGAAACAUGUUAGAUUCCAUAUAUUCGUUGGCAUUGUUACAAAUGACUCAUCCCAUUGUGGUAUUAAGCGGUGACGAUCAUGAAUAUUGCAAAUACAAGCACGAGUUGAAAGAAGAGGGUUUUUCAGUCUAUGAACAUACCAUUCCAACAUUUAGCAUGUUACAAGGAACGAGAAAGUAUGGUUAUGGAAUGUUGACUUUGGAUUUGGAAACGAACACCAUGCAAGGAAUUCAAGUGUUUUACAUGCCCAAAGUGUGGAGUAUUUUUGUAUUUUAUGGAGUGUUGAGUGUGGUGGCAUCCAUUUAUGUUAUUCUCAAAUUUAGAUCUGUGUGGUAUUAUGGAAUGGCAUUGGGUAGUGCUGUAUGGACAUGGAUGUUGUGUCAAGUGUGGUGGUGGUGGUGGUGUUGA